CGAACCACGUGACUUCCUUUCCCAACGACGCUGAGAUCAUGGACGCCAGCCGCGUGCAGCCUAUCAAGCUCGCCAGAGUCACCAAGGUGCUCGGUAGAACUGGUUCACAGGGCCAGUGUACCCAGGUGCGCGUCGAGUUCAUGGACGACAGCAACCGAUCCAUCAUCAGAAAUGUGAAGGGCCCAGUGAGAGAGGGAGAUGUUCUGACACUUCUGGAGUCUGAAAGAGAAGCAAGAAGGCUUCGAUAGUGUGUUGGUUAAAAGCUUCGAAGAUCUCUGUCCCAAUGGAGCGAGCAAACACCACCGCCGGCUCUUAGUUCAGAUGGAUGCUAAUUCAAACAUUGCGAGUUUCUUAUUUUUUUGGGUGUAUUAGCCUUAUUUGGGCUUUUGGACAAAAUCUGAAUGGCAGUAUGACUUGUUAAGGUUUCUCAAUAAAUGCAAACAACCCAUAA